AUGGCUGAGAGGAGCAGUGGUGUAAGAGAUGUUAGUCUCAAUGGAGAUGAUGAAAAUGAGGAAACCACUGAGGUGUUCCUGAGUGCAUUUGUUCAGCAUGAACAGCUUGGUCUAAGUUUUUAUGACAGUAGAGAUUAUACCUUGCACUUCAUGCCUGACACAGUGGAUGACACGGACCUCCAUUUAUUGGAUAGAGUGAUACAGGAGAUCAGCCCUCAUGUCAUCAUUACCAGUGCAAAGCAAGAGCAAAACAUGGCCCGUUUUAUGAAAGGACUGGGAUCAAAUUCAGACUACAAGCCAGAAAUUGUUGUGUAUCCCCAUGCUGACUUUGGCGUGGAGGUCAGCAAACAGAGGCUGCUGUCUGCACAUCUUCCCUUCAUACCUUCAUCCAUCACUGAGCAAGAGCGCAUUUCCUAUCUCACCUCCUGCAUCCCGUUCGACUCUGUGAUGAUGCUGCGGACGGUAGGAGCGCUCCUGAAGUGUCUGGACAGGAGAAGGGUUGGCGUGGAACUGGAGGACAGCAGUGUAGGAGUUCCCAUACUGCAGUUUCUCACCUACACGCUAAUGGAUGUGGUGUAUGUUGACAGGGACACAUACAGCGUUCUCCAGAUCUUCAAAUCUGAGCUGCACCCUUCUGUCUACAAGCUCCAGUCAGGAGAGAAGGAGGGUCUGAGUCUAUAUGGUAUUCUGAACCGUUGCCGAUGCAAGUUUGGGUCCAACCUUCUUCGGCAGUGGUUCCACAGGCCCACCAGAGACCUAGGUGUGUUGAGGAGAAGGCAGGAGGUGGUGCGUUUCUUUACGUCCCCCCGCAACUCUGAGGUCAUGCGCAUACUGCAAAGCUUCCUGCGCAACAUCCGGAGCGUUCCGACUUUGCUGCAAAGGAUGUCUCUCUCUCAUACCAAAGUCAGUGACUGGCAGAGUCUGUACAAGACUGUGUAUAGUGCCGUGGGGAUCAGAGACACAGUGCGCUCUCUGCCUCAGACCAUUCAGCUUUUUCAGGAGAUCAGUGAAGGGUUUGUGGAUGAUCUGCACUACAUCGCCGCGCUCAUUAGCAAAGUGGUUGAUUUUGAAAGCAGUUUAGCUGAGAAUCGUUUCACCAUUAAACCAAAUGUUGAUCCCGCCAUCGAUGAGAAGAAAAGACGGAUGAUGGGAUUGUCAGAUUUCCUAACAGAUGUGGCCCAUGCCGAGCUGCAGACUCUGGACUUGCGUUUUUCUACUUGCAGUGUUAUCUACAUUCCCCUGAUCGGAUUUCUUCUUUCAGUACCUCGUCUGCCUAGCAUGGUGGAGAAGGAGACCUUUGAGAUUGAAGGCCUCGAUUUCAUUUUUGUGUCUGAAGACCGACUUCACUAUCGCAGUGCGAGAACUAAAGAGCUGGACAACAUGUUGGGAGACCUUCACUGCGACAUCCGAGACAUGGAGACGGCGGUGAUGACGCAGCUCCAGGCCACUGUCUUGCAGCGCGCCAGCUGCCUGUGUAAGGUCCUGUCCCUGUGUGCAGAGCUAGACUGCCUCAUGGCGCUGGCUCAGGCCUCGCAGGACUACGGCUACUGUCCCGCAACGCUCACAACACACAGCAGACUGUCCUUGCACCAGUCCCGACAUCCUCUGAUGGAGAUGUGUGCUCCAGUGUUCGUGUCAAAUCCGUGCAUCAGUUCUGAGACUGAGGGACGGGUCAAGGUGUUAACAGGCCCAAACUCUUCUGGCAAGAGCAUUUACCUAAAACAGGUGGGCCUGAUUGUGUUCAUGGCUCUGAUUGGCUCUGAUGUACCUGCAAAAGAGGCAGAGAUUGGUCUGGUAGAUGGCAUCUUCACUCGCAUGCAGAGUCGUGAGUCUGUGUCUGUGGGCCUGAGCACCUUUAUGAUAGACUUAAACCAGAUGGCAAAGGCUUUGAACCACAGCACUGGAAGGUCACUCGUGCUUGUGGAUGAGUUUGGCAAAGGAACCAACACGGUCGAUGGUUUAUCCCUCCUGGCUGCAUGUCUGAAUCACUGGCUAGGCAGAGUUCCAGCCCAAUGUCCUCAUGUUUUUCUGGCUACAAACUUCCACGGUGUCCUGCAGCUGGGACUGCUUCCACAGACUCAGCUUCUGUCCCUACUGACAUUAGAGACUGCUGUAGAUGGGGAGGAGUUGGUCUUCCUCUACCAGCUGAAAGAGGGCAUUUGCCAGUCCAGCUAUGCCGCAAACAUCGCCACGCUGGCAGGCCUGCCACCUGCCCUGGUACAGAGAGGGGUGGAGGUAUCAGAUUUGUACAGAACAGGAAAGGCCAUCAAAAGGCUUGACCAGCCCUCUAGUGAUGAACACACUAACAGAUGUGAAAGAGUGGUAGAAAAGUUCCUCAGCCUUGACUUGGAUGACCCCUCCGUAGAUUUGCACAGCUACAUGAAAGACGAGCUGCUGCCCUCUACGGGAGAACUGCUGUGA